AAGAAUAUAAAAAUGACCAGACCCAAAGAAAGUGAAAAUACUGCAAAAGAAGGAAAAGAGUCGGAAUAUUUUGGUAUGACGCCCGAAGAAAAGAGUGAUUAUUUAGAAGGAAAAUUAUACAUCCUCAACAGGAAUAGCAUGGAGAGAGAAAAGGCGUGGGUAGAAGAGAGCGAGCGAAUAAAAGAAGAGCGGCUUAAAAUGGGGAGUAAGCUUGAAGAGAUGAAGAGAGAAAUAAACAGACUAAAAGAAGAGUUAAGAGAAGAGAAGGCAGAGAGCAGAAUGAUUAAAAGAAUAAAAAAUGAAAGACACUCUUUAUGCGGUGAUAAUGCACACACGCAGUCAACUCAGUCUAGUAUAGGAAGCAUUAGAAUUAACCAACAUGAGCGUACAAGGCAUAUUACUAGCCAUAGCCACAUAGUACAAGCACAUACAGAAAGUAUUAAAAAUAUUUCAAAUGCUGAAAAUAUUUCAAAUACAAGAAAUACUGAAAAUACCGUGAAUAUAAUAAGGCAGGAGUAUAAACAAGAACAUAUAGAGGGAACAGUGCAUACGGUAAAGUGCAGUGAAAUAUCUACUGUAAAUAAUUCUGAACUAUGUUGGAAUAAACCUGCUGAAUCUCUUGCUGUAAGAAGUCAAAUACCCGAGAACGAGGCAGCAGCACCAUUACCUAUUGAAUGGAUACUUUCCCAUCUUAAAGGAGAAGUUUUGUUUGGUCUUUCUGAUUUAUCUUCAAAUAAGCUUAAAGUAUUUGGAAGGUUUUUUAAAAGAGAAUUUGACUCGCUGUACAACAAAAAAGAAGUUCUUGCUGGGAUUGAAGGAACUAAAAGCACUAAGCAUUUGAUUAAAUGUCUUUUAUAUCUUUCAGACCGGCCAGAGAUAAUAUCUAGCUGUAUGCCGUAUGUGUUUAUGAAGCAUAUUGUGCCUGAUGGAAAGCUUUAUAUUAAAGAUAUUGUUAGAAUCUUGUAUAAAGUAGGACUGGCUCCAUUUCUACAGAGUACAAAUACGAUUGAUGAUGUAAAGAGGUUUUUUAAUGAGUGCUCAGAAUCUGAAGAGUUAUUUUCGUUAAUAGAAACACUUGCAGAGAGAAGUCCGCGCGCUGUAGCUAGAUUUAUUUCUGAGGAAUAUUUAGUGCACGUCUGUAAAAUCCAUCCAGAUAGAGCCAGUAUAGUAAUUGGGUUUCUAGAAGGGUGCGGUGCAUAUUCUGGAUCAUCAGAGGCAAUUAUUGCUUUGCAUGCAUUCUCUGGCAGAUCACAGUAUAAUUCACCGAAUAAAGAAUAUACAUUCUUUCUAUAAUAAAUGUAAAGU